GAAAUGAAUUCCUUCCAGCAGCAGCCACUACUGCCACCGGGCGCAGCACCUGGACAGAUGAUGUACCCCCCCCCAAACUGGCAGGGGGGAGGGAAGGACCCAGUUUUCCUCGCCAAGGGCUUCAAUCUGCUGAAUUUGAACCACCAGCAGCCAGGAGGAAACAAGGACCAGCAGACAUCAAAGGGGCUUGAGAACAGCCUGUACAGCCAGUACGAGGAGAAGGUGCGGCCCUGCAUUGACCUCAUCGACUCCCUGCGCCUGGGUGUGGAGCAGGGCCCGGCCCCGCCCGCCAUCGCUGUCACUGGGGACUAGAGUUCGGGCAAGAGCUCCGUGCUGGAGGCUCUGUCGGGGGUCGCCCUUCCCAGAGGCAGUGGAAUCAUAACCAGGUGUCCGCUGGUGCUGAAACUGACAAAGCAGGAGUGCAAGUGGACCGGGAGAAUCAGCUGCCGGAAGACGGAGCUCCAGGUGCAAGACCCUCAGGUGGAGAGGGAAAUACGUAAAGCCCAGGAUGCAGUAGCUGGGAAUGGAGUUGGCAUUAGCCACAAGCUCAUUAGUCUGGAGAUCACCUCCCCUGAGGUUUCAAAUCUGACCCUCCUUGAUCUGCCCGGCAUCACCAGGGUGGCCGUGGGAAACCAGCCCCGUGAUAUCGGACUGCAGAUGAGCCGGGAAUGGAUCAAGGCACUUAUCAAAAAGUACAUCCAGAGGCAGCAGACAAUCAACUUAGUGGUGGUCCCCUGCAACGUGGACAUCGCCACCACGGAGGCAUUGAGCAUGGCUCAGGAGGUGGACCCCGAUGGAGACAGGACCAUAGGAAUCCUGACCAAACCAGAUCUAGUGGACAAGGGCACUGAGAAAGGCGUCCUGAAAGUCAUGCGACUCACAUACCAUCUCAAGAACGGUUAUAUGAUAGUGAAGUGCCGGGGUCAGCAGGAGGUCAUGAACAAGCUGAGCUUGGCCGAAGCAACCAAGAAGGAAAUGAUGUUCUUUCAAACACAUCCGUAUUUCGGAGUUCUCCUGGAGGAAAGAAAGGCCACGGUGCCCUGUCUGGCAGAAAGACUGACCACUGAGCUCAUCUGGCACAUCAAUAAAUUGCUCCCUUUGUUAGAGACUCAAAUAAAGGAGAGUCACCAGAGGGCGACAGAUGAGCUGCGCCAGUGUGGAGAUAACAUCCCCAGCAACGAAGUCGAUAAAAUGUUCUUUCUGAUUGAGAAAAUUAAGGUGUUUAAUCAGGACAUUGAAAAGUUAAUAGAAGGAGAAGAAAUUGUAAAGGAGAAAGAGGUCCGCUUAUAUAACAAAAUCAGAGAGGAGUUUAAAAGCUGGACCCUCAUACUUGCAGCCAAUACCCAAAAAGCUAAGAGCAUCAUUCAUGAAGAAGUCUCAAAAUAGGACAAGCAGUCUCGAGGCAAGGAACUUCUCGGAUUUGUCAACCACAAGACGUUGGAGACCAUUAUGAAGCAAUAUCUCGAACAACUGGUAGACCCAGCACUCGAGAUGCUCCAGAAAGCCGUUGAAAUUAUCUGGCAAACUUUCACUGACACAGCCAAAAUAAUUUUUGGUGGAUUUUCCAACCUUAAUCAGACAGUCCAGAACAAGAUUGAAGACAUAAAAACAAAACAAGCGGAAACAGCAGAAAAUCUGAUCCGGCUUCAGUUCAGGAUGGAGCAACUGAUUUAUUGUCAAGAUCAAAUUUACAGCGUGGUUCUGAACAGAGUCUGAGAAGAGAUUUUUAACCCAGUGGGAAAGCAUCCACAGAAUCUUCAGUCAAAAUCGCCCCUUUUAAAUGAUCCGCCUUCAUUUUCCUCCAUUGUUGAGAUUUGGGUCCACCUGAAUGCGUAUUUCUCGGAAACCAGCAAACGUCUCGCCAACCAGGUCCCAUUCAUAAUUCAGUAUUUUAUGCUCCAAGAGCAUGGUGAGUACUUGCAGAAAGCCACGAUGCAGAUACUACAGGAAAAACAGCACUAUUCCUGGCUGCUUCAAGAACAGAGUGACACGACAGCCAAGAGGAGAUUCCUUAGGGAGAAAAUUUACCGGCUGGCUCAGGCACGGCGAGCUCUCUACGAAUUCGCCCAGUUAAAGGGGUAA